AGGAGGCAAAGGUAUAACUGUCUUCGGUCAUCCAACACCAGCCACCUCCACCAUGCUGCCUAAGUUUGACCCCAAUGAGAUCCAAGUCGUGUACCUGAGGUGCACUGUUAGCAAAGUUGGUGCCACGUCCCCGAAGAUCAAAGAUUGGCCCGCUGAGUCUGUCUCCAAAAAAGGUUGGUGAUGACAUCGCCAAAGUGACCUGUGAUCGGAAGGCAGGUCUGAGGAUUAUAGUGAAAAUGACCAUUCAGAACAGUCAGGCCCAGAUUGAAGUGGUACCUUCUGCCUCUACCCUGAUUAUUGAAGCCCUCAAGGAACCACCAAGAGACAGAAAGAAGCAGAAAAACAUGAAGCACAGUGGAAAUAUCACUUUUGAUGAGAUUGUCAAUAUUGCCCGACAGAUGCAGCAACAAUCUUUAGCCAGACAACUCUCUGGAACCAUUAAAGAGAUCCUGGGGACUGCCCAGUCUGUGGGCUACAAUGUUGAUGGCCACCACCCUCAUGUCAUCAUAGAUAACAUCAAUAGUGGUGGAGUGGAAUGCCCAGCUAGCUAACUACAAAGAAAAGUAUUUCAAUAAAGGAUGAUUUGCCAACCAAAAAAAUAAAUAA